AUGCCGGAAUUCGCAUAUGGCUCAGGUCCGCCGCAGCCUGUUCCUCCUAUGAAACCGCAGCGAGUGGCGGAUGGAGUCACUCUUGUCAGGCCUCUUUCGCGAAAAGGCGUCGGACCAGGAAUGAUCAUUCUCUCGCCCAACGAAGAAUCGGCGUCGCCUGUCGAAAUUGAAGAUGGAAUCCCUUCGUUGCGGAUGAAGUGGGCAGAGGAAGGGUACUGCGUUGUUGAGGUUCGAGCUCAAGCAUCGUCUUCUGCUUUGAAGGCUGCGGUGGCAGCUUUGAGUGACUGUCGGGAGUGUGAGCCGAAGGAGAAGAUUGGGUUGAUUUGCUACGACACGAGCCUCUGGCUGAAGGCAGCUUCGGCAAUCGAAACCCUCAAAGACCGCAUCGUGGUUGCUUCUCUCUAUGCAGAUGCAUCGCAGUACUCUCAACUAUCCUCUCAAGCAUCCGUCCCAACAAUCUACCACUUGACCGGCGCAUCGGAAACCAAACGCAGCCAGACCCCAGGAUCCAAAAUCUACGAGUACGGUUCCGGCCGAGAGUGCACAUUCCCAGUCCCUUUCCACAAGGACUUCCACUACGCCACCGAAGCAGUAUCUCAUUCCCGAAACUUGGCGUUCUUCAAGCCGAUUAUGGGAGGGCCGUAUUUCGAUCUGGAACUGCUAUGGGAGGAGCACACGUAUUACGAGUUUGGUGCUAGAGAUGUGGAGAACACGAUGGCGACGAUGGUGCAGGAGCCUUAUGUAAAUCACAUUCCCACUAUCACAGGCGGGAUUGGUAGGGAAAAGCUCACAAACUUCUACCGCGACCACUUCAUCUUCAGCAACCCGCAAGACGCCGAGCUCGAACUCAUCAGCCGGACGGUGGGAAUCGACCGGGUAGUCGACGAGUUCAUCUACAAGUUCAGUCACGACAUCACUAUUGAUUGGCUCUUACCCGGUGUCCCUCCCACCUUCAAAUACCUUGAAAUACCUAUGAUGGCUGUCGUGAACAUCCGAGGGGAUCGGUUGUAUCACGAGCACAUCACUUGGGAUCAGGGCACCGCUCUUCGUCAGGCUGGAGCUUUGCCUGAGAAGCUCACACUGAUGGUUGAUCCUCAUGGAGGCAAGACGAAUGGUCAAGUAAAUGGGAAUGGAGCUUGUGGAAAGGUGACGUAUGAAGUCGUCGCGCCCGUGACGGGGACGGACACGGCGGCGAAGAUGAGGGAGAAGAAUUCGGUGGAGAGUAAUCAUAUGUUUGAGUUCCAGGCGAAGAAGGUGUGA